AUGGCCUCCAACAACAACAGGAAGAAGCACCUCCUCAAGGUUAUCAUCCUUGGUGACUCGGGUGUCGGAAAGACAUCCCUCAUGAACCAGUAUGUCAACAAGCGAUUCUCCAACCAGUACAAGGCCACGAUCGGAGCGGAUUUCUUGACCAGAGAAUUGGUCGUGGAUGACCGGGUGGUCACUAUGCAGCUCUGGGACACUGCCGGUCAAGAACGUUUCCAAUCCUUAGGCGUCGCCUUCUACCGCGGAGCCGACUGCUGUGUCCUCGUCUACGACGUCAACUCCACCAAGUCUUUCGAAGCACUGGACGGCUGGAGAGAUGAAUUCUUGGUGCAGGCCUCUCCGCACGACCCCGAGAACUUUCCGUUCGUCGUUUUGGGUAACAAGAUCGAUAUGGAAGAGAGCAAGAGAGUGGUCUCUCAAAAACGUGCCAUGACAUGGUGUCAAGCCAAGGGCAACAUUCCCUAUUUCGAGACUUCCGCCAAGGAGGCUAUCAACGUCGAGCAGGCUUUCCAGACCAUUGCCAAAAACGCGCUUGCCCAGGAAGCGGAGACCGAGUUGUAUGCCGACUAUCCCGACCCCAUCAGGAUUGACUCUGAAAACACUCAAAACUAUGGGUGCAACUGUUAA